ACGCUUCACACUCCCGGAAGUGCGUUGCUUAAAUAAAAAUGGCGGACCACAGAUUUAGCAGAGGUUUCAAAUCGCCAGUGUUGUGGCUUUUUUCUGUGCAAUCUUUAAUCAAAUUGUGUUUGUCUAUUCUCGCGUUGAGCGCUGUAGUCGUCGAAUGUCAAAUUGAAGAUACAUUCCGAGCAGGAAAUAGCGUUUUUUCACCGGCUGUUGCAGCAGCACGGGAUCUACGGUACCUGCUUUACGACAUCAACCCCCCAGAGGGUUUCAACCUUCGUCGGGACGUGUACAUUCGCAUGGCAUCCCUGGUGAAGACCCUGAGGAGACACAGUGACUGGGUGCUGGUGCUGCCCCCCUGGGGACGUCUUUACCACUGGCAGAGCCCAGACAUCCACCAGAUCAGGAUCCCCUGGGGAGAGUUCUUCAGCCUCACCAGCCUGCAGGGCAACGUGCCUGUCAUAGAGUACGAGGAGUUUAUAGCUGAGUCUGGAGGCCCAUUUAUUGAACAGGUCCUGGUGCUACAGAACUACGCUGAAGGGUGGACUGACGGGAAAUGGGAGGAGAAAGUGGACCAGCGACCCUGCGUUGAACGGUUAUUGUACUCCAAAGACAAACAGGGUUAUUACAGAGGAUGGUUUUGGGGCUAUGAGGAAACCAGGGGUGUGAACGUCACUUGUCUGUCAGCUCAGGGCCACGCCUCCAUCCUGGCACCACUCCUGCAGAACAACAUCACAUCAACUUCUGUGAUGUUGGACAAAGCAGAGACUGUCCUCCAUGAUCACUACGCAGGAAAGGACUACUGGGAUACUCGCCGCAGUAUGGUCUUUUCCAAACACCUGCGUCUCCUAGGGGACGAGUUCCGUGCAAAGUACCUGAACUCCACAGACGAGCAGGACCAGACCGUAUACAACGAGGACUGGACUCGCAUUAAGAAUAAGCUGGGUUCUGCCAGAGGGGGGCCGUACCUGGGUGUCCACCUGAGAAGGAAGGAUUUUAUCUGGGGUCACAGAGAGGAUGUGCCCAGCCUCAAAGGAGCUGUCAAGAAGAUCAGGGACCUCAUGAAGAAAAACAAACUAGACAGAGUCUUUGUUGCCACUGACGCAGAUGAGGAAGAGCUGGAGGAGCUGAAGAAGAUAUUACCAGAGAUUACACGCUUUGAACCCACCUGGGAGGACCUGGAACUACUCAAGGACGGGGGCGUGGCUAUCGUCGACCAAUGGAUCUGCGCACAUGCCAGGUAUUUUAUCGGAACAUCUGUGUCGACCUUCUCUUUCCGGAUCCACGAGGAGAGAGAGAUUCUGGGAUUCGACCCCAAAACUACCUACAACCGCUUCUGUGGGGACAGCGAGAAGGAGUGUGAACAGCCCACACACUGGAAAAUAGUUUACUGAUGCAAUGACGUGGCACCGCUCUCAACAGCUCUCAAAGAACAUGCCAAUUGCAGUGUUAAAGUGGAGCUUUGUUAUUUGUAUAUAUACAUUUGAAGACGGACGUUUACAUACACUUAGGUUGGAGUCAUUAAAACUCGUUUUUCAACCACUCCACAAAUGUCUUGUUAACAAACUGUAGUUCUGGCAAGUCGGUUAGGACAUCUACUUUGUGCAUGACACAACAAAUUUUUCCAACAAUUGUUUACAGACAGAUUAUUUCACUGUAUCACAAUUCCAGUGGGUCAGAAGUUUACAUACACUAAAUUG